AUGGGGAAGAGCUUGAAACCAUUUCCGGCCCCCAAACGAGGGGUGCAGCGCGUGAUUGCGAAGCGUCCGGCCGGCAAGAAGCAAGCUGAGUGGAACAAGAUUCCUUAUCAGAGGCAUUCAGAGGGUCCCAGUCAUGUUCGGAAAGAGCAAGUAAAAUGGCAGCGAAGCCUGGACGAGCUCUUGACUGCUACUCCCCAGGGCGUCAUACGCAUCUUACAGGAGGACAAGAUGCUACCCGAUUGGACUGGUGCUGUAUGUCCUCAUUGCAACACAGGAAGACUCAGUUCCCUCAUGACUCGUCCCGGUUCUGAUCAUCUCGUGUAUCGAUGCAAUCGCAAGCAUUGUCAGCACUACAUCUCGCCUGUGGAGCUGCACCCGAUCUUCACAAAGACCAUGGGUUCAGAAGGCCACUCCCUACAGAAGCAAGCUGCCGCACUCUUACUUCGACUCGUCAACGUUCCUUUGGCUGACAUUCACAUCUUGACCCACAUGAACCACAAAGCAGUUGAGCACAUGAACAAGAACUUGUUACUUCUUCGCAAAGGUCAUGUGCAGGAAUCCGAAAAGUCCAUCUGCUUUGGAGGGAACCCCAAGAGUUGGAAAGAUGUUGAGGUCGAUGAGGCCACCUUUGACAAGAAAACGUUGCAAGAGUACGAAAUCACAAAAGAUGAUGCUGCAGCAGGCAAAAACGUGCAGUGGGAGCAGCGGGGCGGCCUUAUUCAAAGAGGAUCUCCACACACCCUGGUGUUGACAAAGCUCAAUCCGGCAAUCACCGUGCCCAGAGCCCCAGGCCCAGGGGCUAUGCGCAAAAUUGACUGGAAACCUAUAGCAAACAAGUGGCUCAAAAACCGCUCCGUCGUGCUCCAUUCCGACUCCGCGCGUUCCUACCGCAUGAAGAUCCCUGGCGUCGUUCAUGAUGCUGUCACUCACAGGAAGAAGCGAGUGAAGCGGGGUGGUAAAUUCGUCUGGGUUCAACCUACCUAUGUCAAGGUGUCCAGCCACAAACUCCCGAAUGGACGCCGCAUCAAGACAAAGAUGGGCUGGCUCCUGAUGGCGAUGCUGUGCAUCUUCCCCACAAAGGACCGGCCGUUGUUCAGUGGCUUAGCGCCUUCAUUGAACUUGCAUGUGGACUGUGACGUGACUGUGUAUUUGGACUGUGACGUGAGUGCAGGCGAUCCUUUGAUAGACACGGCGACUGCGAACGUCAGCUUGGAGCAGUUAGAUCACCUGCAGGACUUGGUCCAAAGCUCAGCUGUGUCGCUCCGUGUUCCUGAGACCACGCACGAGGAGGCACCGCUGGCCAAGUCCCGGAUUGCUUCGCGAAUCCAGGCACGGGUCCACAAGACGAAGCUGCUCAAACAGUUGACGAGGAUGGAAAAGUUGCAGAGCUUUGUGGAGGAGGGUCCCUUGGAUUUGCUGGCCGGGGCCGUCAUUCUGAUCAAUGCUGGCGUGCUCAUCGUGGAGCAACAAAUGCAGGGCUCGAUUGCUAGCCGUGCCCUGGACAUGGAAGCUGCUUCGGGGUCUCUGCAAAUCAGUGCAGAUACGCCUGAUGGCUUUGAGGUCGCCGAGUACGUGUUUCUGGCCUUCUACCUCUGUGAGAUGGUGCUCCGGGUCGGGAUCUCUCGAAAGAGGUGGUACUACACGGAAGAAGAAGGCUACAUGUGGGGCAACUACUUUGACUUCUUGCUGGUCGGUUCUGGUGUGGUGGAUGCAUUGCUGGUCGCGAACUCCAGACUCAGAGGAGAUAGUUACGCAAGUACACAGAUUCUCCGCCUCCUCAAGAUUACAAAAGUUGUCAAGACGAUGCGAUUAGUCCGGGUCAUGCACUUGUUCAGCCCCCUAAGAAGUAUGGUGGAUGUCUUCCGCGCUAGUUUGUCGGCUUUGUUUUGGUCGGUGAUGAUGCUCUUGGUCUGCAUGAUGAUCGCUUCGUUGAUAUUGUGCGAAGCAUGCUUUGGCUUCAUCGUGGAUGCGACGCAGGACAGAGAUGUGCGGGAAAACCUCUUGAAAACAUAUGGCAGUUUUACACGUUCUAUGUACACUUUUUUUGAGAUUACAUUUAGUGGUGGAUGGCCAAACUUGAUUCGACCCCUUGUGGACGACGUGAGCGUGUACUUUGCCAUACCUUGCCUGAUCUACGUUGUUGUCGUGGUUUUUGCAGCUCUCCGUCUGAUUGCGGCGCUGUUUGUUCGUUCGACUUUGCACACGCUUUCUAACGAUGCUGGCACGGCCGUCCUGGAGCGUCUACAGCAUACUGCGGAGCUGCAGGCCAAGCUGACCCACCUCUUCGAAGACGCAGACCUUGAUAACGACCAGUCACUAAGUCUCGCAGAGUGGGAGAAGCUGUUACGACAUCCAGAGAUUGUGCACUACUUGAGCACUCUCGAAGUUGAUGUUCACGAUGCGCGGAUGCUCUUCCAGCUCCUUGAUGAUGGCGACGGCAGGCUCUCAGUCCAGGAGUUUUGCGAAGGCAUUCCAAAGGUUCGAGGCAAUGCAAAGUCCCUUGACAUCGUUUGUCUGCUCCACGAGACGGGCAAGAUACGCAGGGAAUGCCAAGAAAUCCUAAGUGCCGUGCAAAGUGCCGUGCAACGGAAACACGUCUAG